CAUUGUGCACUUGUCUUUCCAAAACAUUAGCUGGCAAAAUAAAGAUGACUUGAKUUUGUUUCCGCUCUCAAGUCAGCGUGUUUUACCGGUCCCUUCAAACCAGACCACAUGACUGAUUCUGUUCCUUUAGUUGUAUAUUGAGUUAGCUCUAAGUUGAACUGUGAAUGGAGAUAAGCAGCUUACAACUACAUSAAACCAAUUUUCGUAUAACACCAUCAUGAUAAGAACAAGUUAAAUAGUACUUUAUCUCCUUKGAGCUGAGCACAAAUUAUGGCAAAAAGGAUCUGUCACUGGGGUCCUAUUUUGGCCCUGUCCAUUAUAAUUACUUUAUUCUUGACUGGGUUGUAUGGUAUGACACUGAUAUAUCCACCAUGGUCUUCCCUUGGUAGUAUGCUACAGCUAUGUGUUUAUUUGACGUGGUUAUUCCUAAUUCUGAUGAACUUUUUGAAAGCUAUAUGGCUUGGUCCUGGUUAUGUGCCUGCCCAGUGGAUACCUGAUCACGAGGAGGAUACUCGAUAUUUGCAAUAUUGCCAUGUGUGUGAAGGUUACAAGGCACCAAGAGCACACCACUGUAGUAAAUGUAGGAGGUGUGCGAUGAAGAUGGAUCAUCAUUGUCCAUGGAUUAAUAAUUGUGUUGGACACAAAAAUAUCAAGAGUUUCACCCUGUUUCUGUUCUUUGUKCCUCCUGGUUGUAUUCAUUGUGCUAUCAUCUUAGGAUUCUGUAUUUAUUACCAAGUUUUUAAGUUAACAGAUCCAAKAGUAUACAGAUAUGCCAGAGAUGACACAUUGUCAUUUGGUAUCUAUCAUCUAAUCCUCUUUAUGUUCUGUUUUGGAAUGGCUAUAGGAGUUACUAUAGCAGUAGGAAUAUUAUUAUAUUAUCAGUCAAAAGGUAUAAGGGAGAAUCAGACAGCCAUUGAAUGCUGGAUAGUAGAAAAGGCUAUGAAGAGAGCAAGACCAGAAGGGGAGGUAUUUGUCUACCCUUACAACUUGGGCUGGAAAGAGAAUUUUAAACAGGUAAUAUGGAAUAGGAAGGAUUAUCUUGGUGAUGGUAUUACAUGGCCUGUACGCAGUGGAUGUCAUCAAUAUACACUUACAGUAGAACAGCUAUGGCAAAAGGAGUUGAAGAGGGAAAGAAGUGUGCCGUAUCAUGUUAUCAAGCCAUAUAAUGGCAGUCUCUUGGCUUGGCGCCAGGGGUUAUGCACAUGUGUCUCAACUCCUUGGACAGACGAAGCUCGUAUGAAGAUUGACCUUAAUGAUGUUGUUAUGGUAACAAGAUGGAGAAAGUACUGGAUGUAUGGUGAGAAGAGAAAUCRUCAUACGAACAGCAUCAAAGCUGAUCUUCAAUCAGUUAAAGGGUGGUUUCCUCGUCAUUGUGUAACCAGAGAGACAGAGUUCCAGAAUGACGUACAAUGGAAUGAAAAGAAGGCUGAUUAAAGGAGAACUCUCUUUUUAGUAACAGAAAGUACAGUAGUUAGGGUCCUGUUCAAAUGAUGAGAUGAUCAAGAGACAAAUUGCACUGGGCCAUAUUCAUUGGGUCUCUCUCACCAGCCCAUUUUCACUGAUGACUUAUUACAAGACCACCAGAGCACUCUCAGAUGGGGCCAUUAUUAUAAAAGGGCUCUCAUUGGACCAACUGUCUGCACCACCCUAUAUGCUAUGGGGCCAUUUUUAAUGUGGGACUUUUAAAUUGGACCAUUGACAUAAGACAGCUCUCACUGAACGAACAAUACUGGUUUUGUUGCCAUCUGCUUUGRACCAUUAUAGAUGUGGGCAAUCUCAGAUUGGGCCAUUAGCAUUAGUAGGUGCUCGCUGGACCAUUAUCAGUAGUGCCCCCAUCAUUGGGCCAGGGUUCUCUUGAGAUGAGUCUGCAAAGAGUUUUUGUAGUGUCGUCRAAGCUCUAGAAAGCUUUUGUAGCAGAAGAUAUGCCACAUAUAUAUUUAAAACAUUAAAAUUCAAAGGAAACACCA